GAUAGUCUGUCAGACCCAGAAGAAGAAAUAUGCGGAAGUUUACUUAGGAAGAAAUGUGUGUUUCAGAAGGCACUUCAAUAAACUAACUUGACUUUAAGAACAUAAGCCAUGGAUAUACAAUAACAAUGGAAGUAGGCCUACAAGGAUCAGAGACGACCACUCCUGGCAGGAAGUCCCAGUCUGCAGUGACUGGCAGCGCAAGGAAAGUGAAGGACAAUGCAGCAGACUGGCACAAUCUGAUUCUGAAAUGGGACCGACUGAAUGAUGAAGGAUCCACCAUUGCAAAUAAGAUAGUCAAUUUAGGAUUCAAUAAAGAUUCACAGAAAGAGAUGCAAGUCAUGAUGGCGGGUCAGGACACCUCUGCCAGCUCUAAUUCAGAGAAUGCAUUUGAAAACAAUAGAGAACUAGAAGAGGAGUGUGACAAGUUGCUAAGUGUCAUGGACAAAAUGACUCGUAUUGUAUCAAAAAUGGAGAAGUUAGUUUCCUCUGAGAAGGGGAUCAUCGAUCUGGAGACAUUCCAGUAUGGAACAGGAGGAAGACAAACUCCUUUGUUUCAGACCUGGCCUACGUCACAGUUCGCGGACAUCUCCUCCAAGCUCUACGAAGCCUACAAGCAAGAACUGACACUGAAACUGGCUAUUCUUCAGGAACUAGCUCACACAACUAACCCAGACCUUUCAAUGGUGUACCUCUCCUGCUGGCUGUAUCAGCCGUACCUAGAUGACAGGGCAAGGUUACUGUUAGAGGGUCUUCUUUUAGAGACAGGGCAUAGGCCAAUUUAACAAACAUCAGUUGGAACAUUCUUUUCAUAUUUGAAUGGGAUUCUAUUCUAUUUAUGGACUUGUUAGUAUUACAUUUACAUUUUAGUCAUUUAGCAGACGCUCUUAUCCAGAGCGACUUAGUUAGUGAAUAGAUAUUUUUUU